CCCCCUGCUCGCCACCACAAGCUCACCUCCUUCUCUUUCAGUUUCCCAGCUUGGCAGGAAAAGAUCUGAUCCGGACUUUUGGUGUUUCCUCUGGUCUGGUUGAGUGUGCCGGACCCCACCUCCAGUUCCACCCACCGCUAAGCAACACAAACACACCACCAGUCCUCAUUUUCUGGAUCUGCUCUUUGUUAACAGAGCCUUUUCCCUCCUCUGCUUUUAUUCCAGGAGAGGGAGAGAGUGAGUGAGCGAGAGAAAAAGAGAGGGAGAGAGGGUGAGUUUAUCUUCUCCUUUUAAAGGAUUCGUUUCUGACUGAAUCUGGAUCUGGUUUGUUUUCCUUGCUCGGGGCUGCCGCCACCACUGCAGGAACAGAGCUGGUGCCCCUACUGAUGUAUUUAAAAACGGUUUAAACGUCAGGAACGGUUCAAGGUUUUAUCCACCAACCACCACCCGGCCUGUCAGUCAUUUUUUUCGCCACUGCAGUUUUCAAGUUGGAGCUCUGCUGGGAAAUGGACAAACCCCUCUAAACUAAAGACGCUUCCCAACCGUUCCGACUCAGCCACAGGACGUGAUUUGGACGAAGAUCCACGGAGUGGAGGGCUUUGUGUUUGCUGGUGAAAAGAAUCCGCUGUGGAGGAAACCAGCGAAGGACAAACAGUGUUGACCAAAUCUGAUCCACCCCGUUGUAGCUGUGGUCUACACACACCAGUGUAACCGAGGGGGAGUAAAACCAGCAGAACAUGUUUACUCCACUGUUUCCAUAGUUACUGAGAGGAGCAUGCACGUCCAGAGAAGGCUUUAACGUCACAGUUUGUCUCCUCCGACUGCCAUCUAAAAGAACUACACUACCCACAAUUCCUGUGACUAAUAACAUAGCCAACGUUUCGAUCACUACAAACAAAGACAGUCAGAAGAACGACACUGCUGUGAAGAGGACCACCAUGGCAAACAACCCUGCAGACCACCCUCCGGGGAAUUCGGUUGCUGAGGGCAACCAUGAAGGGGACUUUGGGGUGAGCAUGGUGGACUUGAGGACCGUGAUGGAGCUGCGGAGCACUGAGGCCGUCAACAAGAUACGGGACACUUACGGAGAUGUGCAGGGCAUCUGCCGCCGCCUGAAAACAUCCCCUAUAGAAGGUCUGUCUGGUAACCCUGUCGAUUUGGAAAAACGUCACACGGCAUUUGGACAGAACUUUAUCCCCCCAAAGAAGCCCAAGACAUUCCUGCAGCUGGUGUGGGAAGCUCUGCAGGACGUCACGCUUAUCAUUCUGGAAAUCGCUGCAAUCAUCUCACUGGGUCUGUCUUUCUACCAUCCACCUGGCGGUGACAGUGAAGCAUGCGGCGCAACUUCGGGUGGCGUAGAGGACGAGGGCGAGGCCCAGGCUGGCUGGAUCGAAGGCGCUGCCAUCUUGUUCUCAGUCAUCAUUGUGGUCCUGGUGACGGCCUUCAACGAUUGGUCCAAGGAGAAGCAAUUCCGCGGGCUGCAGAGUCGCAUCGAGCAAGAACAAAAGUUCACGGUCAUCCGCAAAGGUCAGGUCAUCCAGAUCCCUGUGGCCGAGAUCGUGGUUGGAGACAUCGCUCAGAUCAAAUACGGAGACCUGCUGCCUGCUGAUGGUAUCCUGAUCCAAGGCAACGACCUGAAGAUUGACGAGAGCUCUCUGACAGGAGAAUCUGACCAGGUUCGCAAGUCUAUGGAGAAAGACCCCAUGCUGCUGUCCGGGACCCACGUGAUGGAGGGAUCAGGCAGGAUGGUGGUGUCAGCUGUCGGCCUCAACUCUCAAACAGGCAUCAUCUUUACUCUGCUGGGCGCCAGCGAGAACGACGAAGAGAAGAAGGUCAAGAAAAGUAAAAAACAAGGACCCCCCGAAAAUCGCAACAAAGCCAAGACCCAGGAUGGCAUUGCUCUGGAGAUACAGCCUUUGAAGAGUGAAGAGGCCGCUGAGUCUGAGGAGAAGGAAGAGGUCAAACCAGUGAAAAAGGUCAAUGUUACCAAGAAGGAGAAGUCUGUGCUUCAGGGAAAACUGACCAGACUAGCUGUGCAGAUUGGGAAGGCUGGUCUGAUCAUGUCGGCGGUGACAGUUAUCAUCCUCAUCCUCUACUUUGUGAUCGACACCUUUGGGGUCCAGGGUCGGCAGUGGUUAGCUGAGUGCACCCCCAUUUACAUUCAGUAUUUUGUCAAGUUCUUCAUCAUCGGUGUGACAGUUCUGGUCGUCGCUGUCCCUGAGGGGCUGCCGCUUGCUGUCACCAUCUCUCUGGCCUACUCUGUCAAGAAAAUGAUGAAAGACAACAACCUGGUGCGUCACCUUGACGCCUGUGAAACCAUGGGCAACGCCACGGCUAUCUGCUCCGACAAGACGGGUACUUUGACUAUGAAUCGGAUGACAGUGGUGCAGGCAUACAUCGGCGAUACGCACUACAAGACUGUCCCAGAACCAGAUGCUAUCAAGCCGGAUACUUUGGAAAUAAUGGUCAACAGCAUCUCUAUCAACUCAGCGUACACCACCAAGAUCCUGCCCCCGGAGAAAGAAGGCGGCUUACCUCGCCAUGUGGGUAACAAGACUGAAUGUGCUCUGCUGGGCCUGGUGCUGGAGCUGAAGAGGGACUACCAGCCAAUCAGAGAUGAAGUCCCCGAAGAGAAACUCUACAAGGUUUACACCUUUAACUCCUCCCGCAAAUCCAUGAGCACGGUGCUAAAGAAUGCUGACGGAGGCUUCCGGAUGUACAGCAAAGGAGCAUCAGAGAUCAUCCUGAGGAAAUGCUCUCGUAUCUUGGACGCCCAGGGCCAGCCUCGUGUCUUCAAGCCCAAGGACCGUGACGAGAUGGUGCGAAAGGUGAUUGAGCCGAUGGCGUGCGAUGGGCUGAGGACCAUCUGUGUGGCCUACAGGGACUUUCCUGCUGAGGCUGGAGAGCCAGACUGGGACGCUGAGAAUGACAUCCUCAACGAACUGACCUGCAUCGCCGUGGUGGGGAUCGAAGAUCCCGUCAGACCUGAGGUACCCGAGGCUAUUUCUAAGUGCCAGCGUGCAGGCAUUACCGUGCGCAUGGUUACCGGAGACAACAUCAACACUGCUCGUGCCAUUGCGACUAAGUGUGGCAUCCUGCUGCCUGGGGAGGACUUCCUGUGUCUGGAGGGCAAAGAGUUCAACCAACAAAUAAGAAAUGACAAGGGAGAGGUGGAACAAGAGCGUCUGGACAAAGUUUGGCCCAAGCUGCGUGUUCUGGCUCGAUCAUCACCCACAGACAAACACACUCUGGUCAAAGGCAUCAUCGACAGCACAGUGGGCGAAACCCGACAGGUGGUUGCAGUGACAGGAGACGGUACCAACGACGGCCCCGCCCUCAAGAAAGCUGAUGUUGGCUUUGCUAUGGGAAUCGCCGGCACAGAUGUGGCCAAAGAGGCAUCUGACAUCAUCCUGACUGACGACAACUUCACCAGUAUUGUCAAGGCCGUCAUGUGGGGGAGGAACGUCUACGACAGCAUCUCCAAGUUCCUGCAGUUCCAGCUGACCGUCAAUGUGGUGGCCGUGAUUGUGGCGUUCACAGGCGCCUGCAUCACACAGGACUCUCCCCUGAAAGCUGUCCAGAUGCUCUGGGUCAACCUCAUCAUGGACACUCUGGCAUCUCUCGCUCUUGCCACGGAGCCGCCCACUGAGUCUCUGCUGCUACGUAAACCCUACGGUCGGAACAAGCCCCUCAUCUCCAGGACCAUGAUGAAGAACAUACUUGGCCAUGCUGUGUACCAGCUCGUCAUCAUCUUUACCCUGCUCUUCGCUGGUGAGAACUUUUUCGACAUCGACAGUGGGCGAAACGCUCCCUUGCACUCCCCACCAUCAGAGCACUACACCAUCGUGUUCAACGUGUUCGUCAUGAUGCAGCUCUUCAACGAAAUCAAUGCCAGGAAGAUCCACGGAGAGAGGAACGUGUUCGAAGGUGUCUACAGGAACCCUAUCUUCUGCAGCGUUGUACUGGGGACCUUCGCUCUGCAGAUCGUCAUUGUUCAGUUCGGAGGAAAGCCGUUCUCCUGCACGGCUCUGACCAUCGACCAGUGGCUGUGGUGCGUUUUCAUCGGCGUGGGAGAGCUGCUGUGGGGACAGCUGAUCUCGGCCAUCCCCACACACCACUUGAAGUUCCUGAAGGAGGCCGGUCACGGUAUCACAAAGGAGGAGAUUCCCGAGGAGGAGCUGAACGAAGGCACGGAUGAAAUCGACCACGCCGAGAUGGAGCUGAGGAGAGGCCAGAUUCUCUGGUUCAGAGGUCUGAACCGCAUCCAGACACAGAUUAAGGUGGUGAAUGCAUUCCGUAGCUCCCUGUACGCGGGGCUGGAGAGCCCAGAGUCCCGUAGCUCCAUCCACAACUUCAUGGCCCAUCCUGAGUUCGUGCCCUUGUCCGAGGAGGAGGAGGCUCGCAUCCCCACCAUUAAGGAGACUGGAGACGAAAUCGACCCCCUCCCCAGCUCCUCAUCAUUGAUCCGGGGAGGAGAAGACUUGCCCACCACCUUCCCCCUCAACCUCGAUUAAUCCAUCUGAGUUCCUCCUCUCUCCUCUUCAUCAGCAUCAUCUGUCACCCCACCAACCGAACUGUCACACCGAGGAAGGGAGUCAUGACUCAUUCUGCACACACACAUGCUUCACAUCGUCUCCACCCCCCCCUCAGUCAUUCCUGCCACGUUGUGUUUUUCAUACUGACUGUGGCGUCGUUCUGCCUGUAAGUCUGAUAGAGUCUCCACAGUGGAAGGCCUCUUCUAGUCCAUUCAUGUUUUGUUUUUUUUCUUCCUUUUUUUGUUUUUUUUAACUUGACAUUCUUUUUGAAAAGCUUUUAAACUUUAUUGGAUUCGAUCCUUGCAGGACUCGCAGCAGCAGCAUGUUGUGUUCUGUACUCGCUUCAUUCCUGCGUUCUCAAACGGCACCGAACUUUUCAAAGAGUGCAGUGAAUCAGAUGUACAUACGCUUCCGCUCUUCUACACAGCUAUAAGCCGGGUUUGUUGAUCAGAAGAUUUUUAGGCAAAUGCAAAAAUGUAACCUUAUUAUUAUUAUUGUUGUUUUUUGUUUUGUUUUGUUUGUUUUUUUAGACCUUGAUCUUGAUUUCUUUUUGAAACCUUCUAACGAAUGUCAAUCGAUGGUUGAUUCAGACUCCUGAGAAUGUCUUGUGAGUGUGACACUACAGCUUUCAAGGUUAAAAUAAUGUUUUUCCCUUUA